AUGACAACGGAAUUACGAAAGCGACAUGACGUCAACGGUAACACGGAGGUCACAACACAGGAUGGUGGGAAGGUGUCCCUUGAAAGAAGCAUCAAAUUAAUAGGUGGGAUUUCUUUAAUCGUCGGAAGUAUGAUCGGCUCGGGAAUCUUCGUAUCCCCGAGAGGAGUCCUGGUGGCAACGGGGAGUGUCGGAGCUAGCAUACUUGUUUGGACCGCCUGUGGUAUAAUAGCUACCUGUGGUGCUUUGUGUUAUGCCGAACUUGGUACUAUGAUACCGAAAUCUGGAGGCGAAUAUGCCUACCUUAAAUUUACCUUUGGAAAUAUAGCAGCAUAUUUGUACGCCUGGACGGUAAUAUUCGUACUUCGGACGUCUACCAUAGCUCUUAUAAGUUUGGCAUUUGCUGACUACGUUGCUGCCCCAUUUUUCGACGACUGUUCAUCACCAGUCUUGGCAACUAAACUUUUGGCUGCAGCUUGUGUGUUAACCCUGGUCAUCAUAAACUGCAUUAGCGCUAGACUAGCAACAUCGAUCCAAAUUAUCUUCACCGCUGCCAAAUUGUUUGCACUUGGUCUUAUCAUCGUGAUCGGCCUAAUAAACAUGAUAAAAGGAAACACAGAUCAUAUAGAUCCGUCGGUAUCAUUCAAAGGCUCAGAGACCAGUGCAUUUGCAUAUGGAAUAGCAUUUUAUCAAGGACUGUGGGCUUAUGAGGGAUGGAACCAGUUGAAUUAUGUCACCGAGGAACUCAAGAAGCCUGAAAGAAAUUUGCCGUUAUCUAUUAUAAUUGGUAUUCCAAUGGUGACUUUGUUUUAUGUGAUGACAAAUCUGUCGUAUCUGACUGUGAUGUCACCGGAAGAACUUAUAUCGUCCAGUGCAGUUGCUGUUACUUUUGGGCAACGAACUUUGGGUUCGUGGGCGUGGAUUAUGCCAUUGUCUGUUAUGUUGUCGACAUUUGGUGCCGCAAAUGGAGCCUGCUUCACUACAUCUAGAGUUGUUUUUGCUGCGGCUAGAGGAGGCCACAUGGUGAAAUCUUUAUCGAUGGUACACAUGGAGAGGAUAACACCAGUGCCUGCACUGAUGUUUAUGACGGUGAUAAUUAUUAUAAUGUUGAUACCAAGCGAGUUCGAUACGUUGGUAAACUACUUCAGCUUCUCUGCUUGGAUUUGGUAUGGUGCCACAGCCUCUGCUCUUAUUGUUCUUAGAUUCACAGCAAAGGAUCUCCCAAGACCUGUUAAGGUAGGCCUAUAGAAUAAGCUGGUAUCCAUGUUUUAAGACCUCUUCACAACAUAAUACAUUUUUUUCUUUUUUAUUGUUUAUUUCUCGUUUUUUUUUGUUUUUUUGUUUUUUGUUUUUGUUUGAUUGGUUGCUUUCAUAUGGGUUACCACUUCCUGACUCUGGGCAGCGUCGUUUUCUGUCGCAGUCUAACGGCAAAAAACUUCUGAUUCGGAAGCUGCUUUUACAUCGAAUUUGCCAGUGUGUUUCUGCGUAUACGCACCACUAUUGAAAGCGAUGCUGCCUCGACAUCGGUUGUUGGAUUCCCCCCACCACGAAGCACCAAACCAAAUUAUAUACCAAAUUGUGUUACAUGCAUAAAAUAUU